AUAUUAGGCAAUUUUAAAGGAGAAUUGCAAACGAGAAACGACACAGUUUCGAAGAAGAAAAUUAAACGGUGCGCGUUGAGUGGGUCGGAAAAUUCGUUAUUUGGGUUCAACUUCAAAGCAAAGAAUUUUCUUCUUCGUCUCCGCUUUGGAAUUUGAACUUUCAAUAUUUUAAUCACUAAAUCCCUAAAUUUAAGAACUAGACUGAGAGCGUUUUUCUUAAAUCAAAUCAAACUAAUAUUAGCAGUGAAUAGGCUUCAAAUUGACCCCGAAAUGUUGGAUUUGGAUUUUGAAAAGAAGCGGGUUUAUCUUCUUAUCUUCAUUAUAGGAGUCAUCGGUCUCAGUAUCACUGCUGAAAAAUGUCGGGAACUAGUUGGGGAAAAUUCGUCAUCUCAGAGUGGGAAGUUUACGAUAUUUAAUUGCUUUGACAUGAGCACCGGAACCCUCGCGUGCACAGUGAAGGAAGGAGUGAAACUAUACUUCUACAAUAUCCGGUCUUCUCAUGUUGAGAAAGCUAGAAACCUUGCAAUUGAGCGUGCGUUACUUGAUGCAUUGGGGCAGGGAAUGGUAGCUAAAGAUGCUGCUACUCAAGCACAGAAAGAAGGGGCAAAGGCCGCAAAAUUAGCAACCCGGCAAGCGAAACGCAUUAUAGGUCCCAUUAUUUCUUCCGGGUGGGACUUUUUCGAAGCUCUUUAUUAUGGAGGUACUGUUACAGAAGGAUUUCUAAGGGGUGCUGGAACAUUGGGUGGUGCUUAUGCCGGAGGGUUUCUUGGUGAGGCUAGGCUUGGGCGGUUUGGCUAUCUUGUCGGAAGUCAUUUGGGCAGUUGGUUUGGUGGUAGGAUAGGGCUAAUGGUAUACGACGUGGUUAGUGGAGUUCAUUAUUUCAUUCAAGAUUUCCAAUCAGGAGAUGGUGUAGUUAGUGAAAUUUUUGAAAAGAUCGAAGCUCGUGAGGAUUCUUCCGACUAUGAAACUCCUGCAUACUCGAGCUCUGAGAAUUCCGAGGACUCCAGUUUCUACGAAGCUCCAUCUUUUGAAAACUCAGAAUCAUACGACAGUUCCGAACUAUAGGGAAAACAUAAAUAGGUCUUCUAGUGGUUUCUUUGAACAAUUUUUCUUCUGUAGAUGUGAUAUUGUAACUUGUAAGAGCUAUAUAGUUCAGUUCAGUCAGGAAAAAGUAGUGUAUAAAUUACACGACAACAAUGUUAUAGCUUGGGUUGGAUGUAUUUUAUUUGAGUUCUUAUAA